AGAGCUCAAAGGCAGCCAACGUCUUCUUCCACUUUCCAAAGACAACAACAACAACAACGACAACAAUGAUGAGCAAAGUGGUCCUCAGUGCUCUGGUGGUCCUCCUGGUCUCUGUGGCCCUCAGUGAAGGAAUGACUCUGAGAAGCUUGGGAGUGGAGCUGCACUGCCGCUGCAUCCAGACCGAGAGCAAACCCAUCGGCCGGCACAUCGAGAAGGUGGAGCUGAUCCCCGCCAACUCUCACUGCCAGGACACCGAGAUCAUUGCCACACUGAAAAACGGCGGUCAGGAGGUGUGCCUGGACCCCCAUGCCCCCUGGGUGAAGAGGGUCAUCAAGAGGAUCCUGGACAACAAAAGACGCUGAGCAAUAUAGAAAAGCUAGAUUUUCUGUCCUUUUUUUUCUUUUUUUUUUUUUACGGAAACUUGAAGAAGGAGCGGAGAAGUGAUGGAGGACUGCUCAGCACUUUUUAACACGUGCACAAACUUACUUGAAGAAGUGUUAAAGUUGUCAACAUACAUGAUGUUUGUAUCAAACACUUUGUUCUAACUUAUGUUGGACAUAUUUCUACUCUAUUUAUCUAUCUUUUUCAUGGUUUACUCUAUUUAUGUUAUUAAUGGUCUACUCUAUUUAUGUUUAUUAAUGGUCUACUCUAUUGAUCAAGGCCUAUUGUUGUCUUACGUCUGACAUAUUUAAUGGUGUUCUGUAUUUAUCAAUGCCUAUUUAUAAAUGUUUAUUUAUGAAGAAGCCGUCUUGAUGUGUUCUGUGUAACUUCCCCUCCAUGUCU